CAAUCGAAAGAAAAACCCAGCUUCUCCAACAGUUUAACCGAAAAGUUUCCACAGAUAAACAUCAUGGAUGUCACUAAGGAACUGGAUGUUUACAUCCCAAAGGAGGCUGAAGUCUGCGUCAUCCCUCUGAAUCGAUUACCGAAUUCAGUACUUAAAAAAAUGGGCCUGCCCCUCCCCGACAGGGAGUCUGCGGACUCUCCCGACGUCGUCUGGAUUUGUCCCGCCAUCAUGAAGAGAAAGGGUCCGGGACCGGCGUCCCGCAGAGAAAGCUGCUCUUUAGAGAAGUUACAGGUGGUCUCCACCACGCUGCAGAUGUCCUUCAUCUCUUCCAACCUGACGGCCUGGGAGCUGCUGCAGACCGUCACCUCUGGAGCCCAGCUGUCCAGAGCGGGGCUGCUGCGUCAGGACUCGGUGCCGCCGGGCAACCAGAACGGCCUGGUCAUCGACCAGGACCGCAUCUACCUGUGCAUCAGGAGGUCCGCCAGAACCCGGGGUCAACCCAGGCCACGAAAGCUGCAGCCAACCCAACCUGCUGGUCCUUCAGCCUCUACGAGCCCGGAGCAGGACCCAGGAAGUGAGCGCAGACACCAGAUUCUUCAGGCUGCAGGGAAGCCGCUCAAAAGAAAAGCUGAGUCUCCGGUUUCGGCUGCCAGUCCCCCCCGUCAGCUUCUGGUCCUCGACGGCGGAGAGCAGAACGUCGAGGACGAAGACGGGGCGGGCGGAUCCUGGAGCUCGGCUGGCGGUUCGGGCCGGAACAGUCCGGAGCAGAGCUGGGCGGUGAGGCAGACUCUGGCUGCGGCCUCUGCCUCUUCGUCUCUGAGCAGAGAGUUCGACUUCAAGGAGCUGGAGAACGAGGAGAAGCUCGCUCAGAAGAAGGCCAAGUUCCUGCAGGAUGUCGCUGCGCUGGAGGACCUGCAGUUCUGAGAGCAGAGCUGAAGACUUCAGGCAGUAAAUAUUUUGUUCCUCCUGCAGUGACGUUAUCCUGACACCAGGUGGCGCUGUUUGCCGCUGACAAACAUGUCGCAGCUCAUCUACAGGAACAGGAAGUGACGUCUGUUCACCUUUCAGCUCAGUUUAAAAGACUUCCUCAGAUCUUUUACUAACACACUCUGUCUCAACCUGGGGUCGCAUUUUCUCUUGCGUCCACCUCCUAAAUCCAAGGAAGCUGAUGCGUUUUAUUACUCAUGGCAGCUUUGGGAGGAAGUUGACUUUGUUGGUGUUGGUUCUGCAGGUUCUGACUCGGGCUGAUCCACCCGUGAACGAUACGAGCUUAAAUCUGCCUUUAGUUUGAGUUCAGAUGGUUCUGACGUGUAAAACAUGCUACCUCGCUGUGCCGCUAGCCGUAACACUGCUAACAAUGCUAAUUACGCUAACAAUGCUAACAGACCGUUUGAUGUCGUCUGACGGCAGAAGAGAGACGCUGAGAUGCUUUUCCAGAUAGUCUGAGAAAAUAUUUGGUUCUGAUGUGUAAAACGUGCUUUUCACUAGCUGUAACGAUGCUAACAAUGCUAACAGGUGAUGACCACUCGUUCCCGCUCUGCAGAAACAAAAAUGUUUGGUUCUGAUCCGUCAUCUCUGCGCUCCUCAGACACUUCAGACUUUGUUCGGUUCAAACGAGAAGCUGGAAGUCUCCUGGGAUCAUACAGUCAAACGCUCAAAUUAUUUUAGUUUAGUUUCGUCUGAUAAAUAAAAGUUUUGAUCUACGUUAAAACGUUACUUAAACCAGAGAUGCUGGAGGAGAACCGACCCGUUUAUCUCCACCUGUUGCUUUAGUCGUACACUGAGAGUUUAACUUCAGUCAUUUAGGUUAUUAAUUAUUAGUUUAUUAAUUAUUAGUUUAAUCUAUGAAAUAAGAACAAACGAAGGCUGUCGGAUUAAAGCUACGUUUUCUGUUUCUUCAACUAAAAGACUUUAUUUUCGCAGCCGCAGGAAAAAGUUUAGUUUCUGUUUAGGAACAAAUGUUUGUCUGUUUGUUGAUGUGAUUGAUCUAAAUAACUCAUAAUUAUAGGUUUUUACGUAAAGUCACCUGAUAAACAACAAGUAUGAAAUGUUUUGUUUAUUUAAAUAUAUAAACAAUCUGUUUGUUGUUGUAGUUGUUUGUUUCCUCCAGCAGGGGGCAGCAGUGACGUUCUGAAACGACCAGUUUUAACCGGGUCCUGGGUUUAACCGGGUCCUGGUUUAUAAUGGGUGUGGGUUUUAGCUGCAGCGGCCAUCUUGAAUAGAAAAUACCAAAAGUCGGUCAGAUUGAUGUUUGAUUUAAUAAUUAAUUAGUUGCUGUUGGAAAGUUUCAUUAAAAUUCAUCCGUGUUCCACCGUACCAGGAGCAGGUUUUGGUCCGUUUAAGGACUGCUGGUCCAGAUGAGGUAGAUGUGGACCAGUGAAGGUCCUAAAUUUAAUUAAAUUUAUUUAUUUAGGAGGGACGAUUCACAUUAAAGGACAUUUCUGUAAAAGUGCCAGAGUUAGCUAGAGGCUGUUUCUCCUCUGUUGUCCCUGGACUUGAUAAAAACAAAAGUUAUAUAAAACAAGGUUACAAUGAUUCAGCCACAUUUUGUCAAUAAUACAAUAAAAUACAAUCAAUACAAGUCAUUAAAAAUUGCACACAUUUUUUACAUAGUAUAAGAAUCAUUAAAACUAAUUUAAACCUUCAAGAUGGCACAAACACAAGUGGUCACAUGGUGGAACCAUGAAGACGGUUAUACAAAAUGUUGACAGAUCUGUUGUUGUUAUCCAAACCUUUAACUGUUUUUAAACAGAUUAAAUGUGGUGAGAUUGACAGAGGGACAGAGUUCCUCUGCUGGAACUGAAAGGACACUUUGACUAAAAGGAAAAAUACAAUCUUCA